CCAACCGCCAAAAACCUCAAUAAAGAAGAAGAAGAAGAAGAAAUCUUUGUUCCGGGCAACAGCGUGUUUGCAGUUUUGCAUGUCCCCGGACGUUUCGCUGCAAGGAGAUAAAGUUGUCUACGUCUGUUCUUGGCUUCGACAUGGUGAAAUUAUCUGCGGAGCUAAUUGAGCAAGCUGCUCAAUAUACCAACCCUGUGAGAGACAGAGAGUUGGAUUUACGAGGUUAUAAAAUCCCAGUGCUUGAAAAUCUUGGGGCUACUCUGGACCAGUUUGACACUAUUGACUUUUCUGAUAAUGAAGUCAGGAAACUGGAUGGAUUCCCUCUGCUCAAAAGACUGAAAACAUUGCUAAUGAAUAACAACAGGAUUUGUCGCAUAGGGGAGAAUCUGGAGCAAUCUCUGCCAAGUCUGACAGAGCUGGUUCUCACAAGCAACAACAUUCAGGAGCUGGGUGACUUGGACCCACUGGCCUCCGUGAAAACAUUGACCCUUCUCAGCCUGUUAAGGAAUCCAGUGACAAACAAGAAGCAUUACAGGCUCUAUGUCAUCAACAAAAUCCCACAGAUCCGUGUGCUUGACUUCCAGAAGGUAAAGCUCAAGGAACGCCAGGAGGCAGAGAAAAUGUUCAAAGGCAAACGAGGUGCUCAACUUGCAAAGGAUAUUGCCAGGCGAACAAAAACAUUCACUCCUGGAGUGGCAGCACAGCUUGAGAAGAAGAGGACGGGGCCGUCUCAAGCAGAUGUGGAAGCUGUCAAGAAUGCAAUUGCCAAUGCUUCAUCAUUGGCAGAGGUGGAGAGGUUGAAAGGGAUGCUGCAGGCCGGUCAGAUUCCAGGCAGAGAUCUCAGACAAGGUCCAGCUGGGAUGGUGGAGGAAGAAGAGGAAGAAGAUGAAACUGCACAGAUGGAGGCACAUAUGGAUGGAGGUGCUGGAGAGGAGAUGAAUGAGGGAGAUCAAGAGGAGGAGGAUGAAGAUAUGGAAGAAGAGCAACAUGUUAAUGGCUCCUGAGUACCCUGAAAGAAUUUCUUUUUUUUUUCUAUGUUGUAGAUUUCUUGUGUUGAACAUACAGGGCUGUUGUUUUUUUUUUUUGUUUGUUUUUUUGUAAAAUGGCGUACAUUAAACAGAUUUUUAAUAUUG